CACCUGGAUUCUGCACUAAUUUACUCACAACUGCAGGAAGUAGUCCGUCGCGCCAUACUAGCUGGCUACAAUCCAGAGGACUCAAACAUAACAUGUCCAGCUUUCUCUGAUCGUUGUUUAAAUUCUGCAUUUCACAGUGAAAAAUUGGCCAUUGCAUAUGGAUUGAUGACAACUCCUUCAGGAACAACUCUCCGGAUCACAAAGAAUCUUAGAGUUUGCAGAGAUUGUCAUUCGUUUACAAAAUGUGUAUCAAAAGCAUUCGGUCGGGAUAUUAUUGUAAGGGACAGAGUUCGGUUUCAUCACUUUGCAGGUGGUCUCUGUUCUUGCAACGACUAUUGGUGACGACAAUGUUCUCGAUCAGCCUAAAAAGGAUUAUCACCAUGGGUUACAUAAAGAAAAAGUGAGAGAGACAGGAGAUGCGACCAUCAUUGACACAGCGAAACCCUAACAAAGCGACCGAGAGGAAAUUCGUCUGUCUUCUUUCUUCGUCCGAACCGAGGGAACCAGUCGCCGACGUCACUAGCUUCUUCUUCUUCUUUUCUACGCUAUUGAAGACGAUGCAGAGCGAGGAAUCUCACGAGGUUGUGAAUGGAAUAUCCGAGGAGGAGGAGUCCAAGGAAAGACUGAAGAGUCAAAAGGCUGAUAGAAAAAAGAAGAAGUUGAAAGAGAGGUUGCUAAAGGAAGCUGCUAAGGCUGACAAUCGAGGAGUUUGCUACCUAAGUCGCAUCCCACCACACAUGGAUCACGUUCGACUUCGCCAGAUUCUCUCUCAAUUUGGAGAAAUCGGAAGGAUUUAUCUUGCACCUGAAGAUCCUGAAGCACAAGUGCACCGUAAGCGGGCUGGUGGAUUCCGUGGGCAACUUUUCUCUGAAGGGUGGGUGGAGUUUGGUAAGAAAAGAGUAGCUAAAAGGGUCGCAGAGAUGCUAAAUGGCGAGCAAAUCGGGGGAAAAAAGAAGUCAGCUAUUUACUAUGAUAUUUGGAACAUCAAAUACUUGACCAAAUUUAAAUGGGAUGAUCUUACUGAAGAAAUCGCAUACAAAAGUGCAAUCCGGGAACAGAAAUUAAAUAUGGUUCUUUCUGCUGCUAAGAGAGAGAAGGACUUUUAUCUAUCGAAAGUAGAGAAGUCGCGAGCCAUGACCGAGAUAGAUGAACGAAUGAAGAAGAAGCGGAAGAUUCAGGAAGAAUCGGGUAGCAAUGCUGAAGCAGCACCAGUCUUCCCGCCUAGGGCGAUUCGACAGUUUAGACAGAAGAAAUCUAUUAAAAAUGAGACAUCUCAGAGCAAACCUGGGCUCUCCACGGAUGUCCUAGCAUCGGUAUUCGGCGGUUCUUAAAGAUUAAUAGGAGGCAUGUGAAGAUACUGCGGUUUGAUCAACGCUUGAAUGUUGGCAAUGUUCAUUUGACAAUGUUUUGAGAUUGCUUCCUAUUUGUCUUUGUUAUGAGAAACUCAAAGUUUAUGUAUGUCAACAAAGAAAAAACUUCUACCAUUUUUGUACUAAUGAGUGAAUUAACCAAACCUUGAUUCUUU